CUUGUUCACCACUUUCGUCCACAAUGGCUCAUGUAGUACAGCCAUUAGAUCAGCCUUCAAACUACAAGGACUCACAGACACGGGUGGAUCGCCAAAAGCAAAACGACUUGCUUGCAAAGUCAACUACACUCUACAUAGGUAACUUGAGUUUCUACACGACCGAAGAACAAAUAUACGAGCUAUUUACCAAGUGCGCCAGUCCGGAGGAUGGCGGUGGGAUAAAGAGGAUUAUUAUGGGUCUUGAUCGCAAUACAAGGACACCCUGUGGAUUCUGCUUCGUCGAAUAUUAUACUCACGCGGAGGCACUGGCCAGCAUGCGAUAUGUCAGUGGUACCAAGCUAGAUGAGCGCAUCAUUCGGUGUGACCUUGACCUGGGAUAUAAAGAAGGGCGGCAAUUUGGAAGGGGUAAAAGCGGCGGGCAGGUAAGAGAUGAACAUAGGCAAGACUAUGAUCCAGGUCGAGGGGGAUGGGGAGCACAGGCCCAACGACUGGAGAUAGAACGAAGGAGACAGGUCGAGGAAAGAUAUGCUGACGCCCAGGACGGUCCCGGUGCAGUUGCUGGUGGAGGUGGUGACUGGAAGGAAGCAGAGCCAACUGAAGGGAGACUUAAACGAGGCAGGUCCCUAGACGAUGAGGAAGACAACGCAAGGAUAGGGCAGCGCUCUCGGUUGGACGAAGAUCUCGAGGCAGAGCGAAUGUAACGAGAUUUUAUUGU